UUCAUCUGUCAUCCUAUUACUGGCGAUCGACUUUUUAUGGACUCUUGAUGAUCAAAGCGGCUGAAGAAUAAGAGCGCGAUAUGAUAUGAGGGAGCUCUGCAAUCUAGGGUUUCCUCCCAACUUAUUAUCGUUUUGUUAAUCUUCUUCUUUUUGGAGAUAGUUCAAUCAAAGAUAUGGGGAAUAUAUUUGUGAAGAAGCCUAAGAUCACUGAUGUGGAUCGAGCCAUUCUCUCCCUCAAAACCCAGCGACGCAAGCUUGCUCAAUACCAACAACAGCUUGAUGCUGUCAUUGAAGCAGAAAAACAAGCUGCUAGAGACUUGAUUCAUCAAAAGAGAAAGGAUAGGGCAUUGUUAGCAUUGAAGAAGAAGAAAGCACAAGAAGAAUUGCUGAAGCAAGUUGAUACCUGGCUUAUUAAUGUUGAACAACAAUUGGCAGAUAUUGAACUAGGAAGCAAGCAAAAAGCUGUAUUUGAUAGUUUGAAGGCAGGUACAAAAGCAAUUAAGGCUAUACAAAGUGAGAUAAAUCUGGAUGAUGUUCAGAAGUUAAUGGAUGAUACUGAAGAAGCGAAAGCAUAUCAAGAUGAAAUCAAUGCAAUAUUGGGUGAGAAAUUGUCGGCAGAAGAUGAAGAGGAUAUUUUGGCCGAAUUUGAGAAACUGGAAACUCAGAUGUCCAUUGAAGAUAUGCCAGAAGUACCUAGUAAAGGACCAUUGGAAGAGCAAAAGCAUUUGGAGUUGCCUGAUGUGCCAACCAAAGCCCCAGUUGCUCCCAAGGUGGUUGCUGACGAUUCUGAGAUGGCUUCAGCUGAACUUUCCACAAAAAAGAAAGUACCGACAGAACCACUGCCUGCAUAGUUGAAUGAACUUUUAAACAAUAUUGAAACUUACAGCCUCAUGAAGCUGCUAAGCAUUCUUGAUGCAUCUUUUGGUCGUGGCCUUUGUCAAUGCAUGUACGUUUUGUUUGAUUUGUUGUUGUGUACAUUUUAGUUUGGUUUAGCUUUCACAAUUAUUCUCCAAAUAAGAUAUGUACAGAUCAGUGCAAUAUUUUAAUCCAUCUAUUUAGUACAUAAGUCUAAAAUUUGUCGUGGUGGAUUCAUCCUAGUCGAACUCAAAUAAUGGUAUACUUUAGUUUGACUCA